AGACGCCCCGCAUACUGUUCUAUUUCUCAUGAGGCACACUGUACCAGUCAGCGUCGCCUGGUUCCGUGAUAUCGAGCGUUAUCUCGCUUCACGUUGCCUUUGAAUGACGGACAUGAACGCUGUAACGCUGUCAAGCUGAGUCAGUGACAUAUCAAUUUCAUUUUGCCAUCGAUGGUAAGGCAGGACAACACAAUACAAAUACCAGCCAGAGGUCCUAUAGUACCUUUCUCUCAUAUCCUCCUGGUGACUCAACUGCUAGUAGCCAUGGCUGAAUCUCCUAAAGUCGCCAUCAUCAUUUACUCGAUGCACGGCCAUAUCGCAAAGAUGGCUGAGUCCGUCAAGAGUGGUGUCGAGGCUGCUGGGGGCUCCACCACCAUUUACCAGAUCCCUGAAACAUUGUCAGACGAAGUCCUCGUAAAGAUGCAUGCUUCCCCCAAACCCAGUUAUCCCAUCAUCGCGUCAAGCGAACUCAUCAAGUUUGACGCCUUUAUCUUUGGUAUCCCUACCCGUUACAGCAAUUACCCUGCCCAGUGGAAAACUUUCUGGGACGCUACUGGUGGAUUAUGGGUCAGGGGUGAAUUGGCCGGCAAAUUGGCCGGUUUCUUUGUUUCUACAGGCAGCCAAGGUGGAGGACAGGAAGCUACCGUCAUUAGCUGCCUCUCCACUCUCACCCACCAUGGAAUGAUCUUCGUUCCCCUGGGUUACAAAAACACAUUUGCACAACUCUCCAACGUGAGCGAAGUUCGUGGUGGUUCUCCUUGGGGUGCUGGCACCUUCACUGGUGCUGAUGACGCACGCCAGCCUUCAGCACUUGAGCUCGAAAUCGCUAGCCUCCAAGGCAAGGGCUUCUGGGAAGUUGUUUCCAAGUAUCAAUUCUAGGGCUAUUCAAAAUCAAUAUGUACAUGUACAACACUUGCAGAAACUUCAUAGCAGCUACAUAGAAAUGGG